UUCUGCUGAAGCAGCCAACCCAACCAUCUUUUAUGUUUUUACGAGCUCUGUGCAAUUACUUCGUUGCCUCCGCAAUGGGUCAUGAUGCUAUGAUCGUGGAUGAUACCCCGCAGACGAUCUUGGAGCGAGAUGUGCAAAAGGGGGACUCGAAUGCCUUGAAGGAGGAACUGCGGUGUGCGCGUGAGGAAGUGCAACACUUGCAAACGAAAGUUCGGCAAGAGCAGUCGAGAGGAGUUCGUUACCGUACCCGAGCCGAGGAGCUGGAGUUCAACGUUGGCAAACGGGAUGCCAGAAUUCUGGACUUAGAGAAACAGCUUCAGGGAUAUAAUCGCGUUAUCGCCAAGGCGAGGGAAGUAGAGACGCGAGGGAAGCAGAUGGAGACAGAAUUGGAUACCUUGCGAAAGCAGCUGAACGACAACAACGCACUUCUGAAAACCAGGACGUCGGAAUUGCAGGACGCACAGACGUAUCUUUCCAGCACCGAUGACCUAUCCCAUGCCGAUGUUCAACGAAAACUGAACACAUUGAAUUCCGAAAUAUCGCAAAUCGCGCCAAGAAUCGCCGACUGCCUUCAAUUCACUGGUGGUCAGGGCGGUAACGACGAAAUCGAUCUUGCAGGUCGAAGAGCGACAGUGUUUCUUGGAACAGCGCUGGUGGAGUUGUUAAAGAGAGUAGACCACCAGGAGGAUUCUCUCGCCGUCCAGAUGGCCUUGCAAGCUUGUUUCGUCGAUUAUUGCGCCUGGCUGAGCCGCAGGAGUACUUGGGAUCCAACGGCCAUCGAUGACGUCAACACAGUUCUGGAAAGCACUUAUAGUCGCAUUGUACAACACGAAACCCAAUCAGUCGCCGGACGGUGGCGCACUUUGGCACGACGUCACAUUGGCAGUUCCUUGGGAGAACUUGAGGCUAAGUUCAGGGAUGUGCUUUUGCAUCGCAUUGCCGAUGUUUUCAUCGUUUCGGGGUCCCCUGGGAGGCCUAUGGAGAUCCUGGAGACAGUGAAGGCGUUCUCGACACAAGUGACCGACAUUGUUCGGUUGGCAGUGGACUUGCGAGUGGCAACCGGAGAAAACAUCGUGUCCAGUGAUUUCGAAGUCUUCGUGCCCAGCACAGGCAAACCAUUCGAAACAACAAUGAUGAGGAAUGCAUACUCGGGAAAGCGUUACAACGCGCAGGAGGACGAAGCUCGCAUGACACCUGUAUUGUGUACCGUUCAGUUAGGACUCAGGCGAUGUGAAAGGCAGCAUGCACGUCAUCGCGAGGAUGCGGCUCAGGUAUUCAAGGCGACGGUCGUUGUGAAGAGUGAAGUCGCACUGCAUACUAUCUGUGCAGAACUUCUGCAGCAGUGAAUCGGAGGCAACGAAACGCUUUAGUGAGCCGGGGUUUACUUCAGUCUUGUGUUAGCCACACUAGAUAGCCUGUUGCAGUUGUUUCGAGACUUGACUAGGCGAGUGCUCGUUGUAACGUCUGUAGACCUAGUAGUAAACAAUCAUCAUUGCUUCAGCCACCGUAGAGGAAGACAGCCGUUUGAUGAAACAAAAUCAAGCGUACCAAUCACG